ACUGAUUCCCAGCUGUAAUGCUUUUUCAUACCCACCAUUUUCUCGCUAUAAAUAGUCCUUCUCAAGCUGUAAAGCCUUCAACUAAAAAUCAUACCGAAGAGAAAUAAAUAGUUUCGGCUCUUAAGUUAUCCAUGGCGGGGAUCGUGGUGGUUUUCGACUUCGACAAGACGAUUCUCGACGUGGAUAGCGAUAACUGGGUUGUCGAUGAGCUGGGUGCAACUGCGGUUUUUGAUCAGCUUCUUGACACCAUGCCCUGGAACAUUCUCAUGGACAGGAUGAUGACAGAGCUUCAUUUAAAAGGAAAAACAAUUGACAACAUUGCACAAGUACUGAAAAAGGUUCCCAUACAUCCCCAGAUCAUCACUGCUGUUAAGGCAGCUCAUGCUUCAGGGUGUGACCUGAGAAUCGUGAGUGAUGCUAAUUACUUUUUUAUCGAGACUGUCUUGGAGCAUUUCGGGAUCGGAGAAUGUUUCAGCGAAAUCAACACGAACCCGAGUUUUGUCGACAAAGAAGGGAGACUGAGGAUUUCGCGUCACCAUGAUUUUCCUCAUGGCUGUAAACUGUGCCCUCCAAAUAUGUGCAAGGGGCUGAUCAUAGAGAGGAUCCAACGCGAAGUAACAGUGAAGAAAAUGAUCUACCUUGGAGACGGGGCUGGCGAUUACUGUCCAAGUUUAAGGCUAAAAGCCGAAGAUUAUAUGAUGCCAAGGAAGAAUUUCCCGGUCUGGGAAUUAAUAUGCGAAAACCGUGACAUUGUCAAGGCAGAAAUUCAUGAAUGGAGUGACGGAGACGAAUUCGCAAGAAUCUUGCUUCAGCUUAUCCAUGAAAUCUCCAGAGAGGAUCACAAUGACAACGACGACGACGAUGACGACGAAAACAUCAGCAUCAAAGACGUUGAUUGCGGAACUACUAGUAGGUUGUUUACAGUGGAGUGCAAUAAUUUCUCGACGAGUGCAAUGCCUGUCCAUGAAGCACUACCUCAAACUCUGCCUGUUGCUGUUCCUGUUCGUUUCUGAUGUGUUACUUGUUUUUAAUCUAGUUGCAUGUGCUGCUUUUCAUUUCAAGUUCUCUGUUGUUUCGGUGUAUGAACCAGAAUUUAUCCAUAAUUUGAACUCGAAGUUUGUAUGA